CACAGUUGGACUAAUUCAUUUUUUACAUUACACAUUAAGCCAAUUUUUGACACAAAAUGAGUUUAGACUCACUGUUUCAGCAAAUCCUUCUAGCUGAACAACAGUUAACUGAACAGACACAGAAAUUCAAAGACGUCAAAGUAGCCAUCAUCAGAUGCCAGGGGCAGAUACAGAGCAACACUGAAGAUCUGGAAAAGAACAAAGGAGAACUUGAUGAAAAGGUUCAGAAGUUGUCAGCAAUGAGGCUGCAAUUUGAUCUGAUGAAGAAACAAGAAAACCAGAUGUUGACGAAAACCGAGGAGCUGCUCUGCCAGAGGAACCACCUCCAGGAACGUCUAGCCAAGAUAAAGAGGGAGUCCACGGAGGAAAGGGGAAAAUUCCUUCGAGAGAUCUCCAGGUUCAACAGUGGCUUCUGUCUCGGUGGGAACAGAGAGACAGAGUCUGAAAGCCAAACACGCACUGAAAUCCAGGACCUGGAGAGGAAGGUGGAAUCAUUACACAAAGAGAUGGACAUGAUGAGCCACAGGAACAGUCACAUGAGCUCCAUGCAGGAGCAGAAGAGCGCGCUGCAGCUUGAUCUGCAGAGCCUGGAUAACAUCCACAAAGACCUGGACUGGCAGUUGAAAGAGGCUGAAGCAGUGACAGAAUGUUUGAGAGCAGAGAGCCUGUUUGUCAGUCAGAAACCUCUCACUGACAGCAACUGUCUGAGACUGAGGAAGGAGCUGGAGAUCCAUAAAGAAGGAGAGCUGGAGCUUCUUAGAGAGGCACUGAGCUCUGAGAUUCAGUUCCUCAAGUCAAAUUAG